ACGAGCUUGCAUUUAUGCUCUCCCACCUUGCAAUAACAUCAGAAGACUAGAUGGAGGUCCAUGGAGCUGUGGACUUUCUGGCUACUCUGACAAAGCCUGUUUUUCCACCAGUCUUUCCAUUCACUUACUCCACUGGUAUAUAGAAAAUGCAAGAUUCCUGCUGGGGAACAGGUGGGAAGAAGACAGGCAAGAAGACCAGGUGAAGAAUAGAACAAGAGGCACAACUGCUGCAAACUUCUCAAAGCCCUUGAAGGGGCUUCUGCAGCAACUCAGCACAGAACAAGCAAAGGCUACUGACUGCUGCUCCUUAUGGGAGCAUCCCAUGUGUACUUUGGAAGAAAAUUCCGAAGUAACCCUGUUCAGAUAAAUGCUACUGGCAGACACCUGCUCUCUACUCUUCCUGCCUUGCUAUCGGGAAAGAGUGCUUCAAUCGUGGACUUCUUUUGGAGGAUCACAGAAAGGAUGAAAACGCCACGAUGUGAGUACGUUCUUCUGCAGCCCAGCCUGCUGGAGGAAACCCUGUCGCUUGAGCCCAAGGAAGUUGCUGAGCAGGAGGAUCCUGUCAGGCCAUCUAUAGAUGAUCCAACUUUGUUCACAGAAGAGUCUCACCUGCCUGUGUUGAAUGGGCAAAGCAACAUCAUGCACUUGGAAGAAAUCCAGAAGCUUGCUCCACAUCUGCCUCUGCGAGUGACUGGACACUCAUGGAACCUCAUCUACUAUACAGCAAGAGAUGGAUUUAGCUUGAAGUCUAUGUAUCGAAGCAUGAGUGACUUGGUCUCUCCUGUAUUGUUAGUUAUCAGAGACACUGAUGGCCAGAUAUUUGGUGCCUUUUCUUCCACAUCUAUCCAUCUCAGCAGCUGUUUUUAUGGCAAUGGGGAAACAUUUCUCUUUUCCUUCACUCCACAACUAAAGGUAUUUAAAUGGACAGGUAAAAAUACCUUUUUCAUGAAAGGAGAUGCAGACGCCCUAGCGAUUGGUGGAGGCAGUGGCAGGUUUGGCUUGUGGCUAGAUGGAGACUUGAACCAUGGAGGAAGUCAUCCCUGUGAGACAUUCAACAAUGAGGCAUUAUCCUUUAAAGAGGAAUUUGUCAUCCAAGAUUUGGAAGUCUGGGCACUCUCUUGAGCCAAAAGGACAGAAAUAUAUUGGAUUUCUCAUUGUGUGCACAUUACAAAUGCAAGGCGCAACAUCA